GUCAUCUUUGCUCCGCCCUCUCACAUUGCAGCAUGGAGGAUAGAAUGUAACAAAAUCCAGGUAGCAACUGUGGCAAGGCAAGAGGUGUUCUUCAUUUUAAAAGGACAUCGUGCUUGGAAGAUAAGAAAGUGAUGCACGAUGCCCAUAGUGGACAAGCUGAAAGAGGCCCUGAAGCCCGGCCGCAAGGACUCUCCCGACGAGGGAGACCUCAACAAGCUGCUGGCCUCGUCCGCCAAGAAGGUGCUGCUGCAGAAGAUCGAGUUUGAGCCGGCCACCAAGGGCUUCUCUUACCAGCUGGAGAGCCUGAAGACCAAGUACGUCAUCCUCAACCCCAAGAGCGAGAGCACCGUGGUCCAGAGGCCCUCUGACCCCGUCCACAUCAAGCGGCAGGUCUCGGAGAGCGCGGGCGGUGGGCAGAGCGAUGGCAUCCCCGCCCCCCAGAAGAUGCUGUUUCCCGGUAACCGCCUCUCCAUGAGGUGGGAGCGUGUCUACAGGGUGGGGGCCGGCCUCCACAACCUGGGAAACACCUGCUUCCUCAACUCCACCGUGCAGUGUCUCACCUACACCCCGCCCCUUGCCAACUACCUGCUGUCCAAGGAGCACAGCCGCACCUGUCACCAGUCGGGGUUCUGCAUGAUCUGUGUGAUGCAGAACCACAUCGUCCAGGCCUUCGCCAACACAGGGAACGCCAUUAAGCCUGUGUCCUUCAUCAGAGAUCUGAAGAAAAUCGCCCGUCACUUCCGGUUUGGCAGCCAGGAGGACGCCCACGAGUUCCUGCGCUACACGGUGGACGCCAUGCAGAAAGCCUGCCUGAACGGCUACCCCAAGUUGGACAGGCAGACACAGGCCACCACGUUGGUCCAUCAGAUCUUUGGGGGUUACCUCAGGUCACGAGUUAAGUGCUCCAUUUGUAAGAGUGUAUCGGACACCUACGAUCCUUACCUGGACAUUGCUGUGGAGAUCAGGCAAGCGGCAAACAUCGUCCGGGCGUUGGAGCUGUUCGUCAAACCAGACGUUCUGAGCGGAGAGAACGCUUACAUGUGUGCAAAGUGCAAGAAGAAAGUACCGGCGACCAAGCGGUUCACUGUCCACCGGACCUCCAAUGUGCUGACGCUGUCGCUGAAGAGGUUCGCUAACUUCAGCGGUGGGAAGAUCACCAAGGACGUGGGUUACCCAGAAUUCCUGAACAUACGGCCCUACAUGUCACAGAGCUCAGGGGACCCAGUUAUGUACGGCCUGUAUGCUGUCCUGGUGCAUUCUGGCUACAGCUGUCAUGCCGGGCACUACUACUGCUAUGUCAAGGCCAGCAACGGGCAGUGGUACCAGAUGAACGACUCGAUGGUCCAUUCCAGUAACAUCAAGGUGGUCCUCAAUCAGCAGGCCUACGUCCUGUUCUAUCUGAGAAUCCCCGAGACAAAGAAGAACACGGACGGGCCGAUGAUAAAGCAGGGGGCAAUGCAUGCUGGGAGGAACGCCAUGACCCCCGAACAGCUGAAGAAGGCCACCCUCAACGGGCCGCUGUCGUCUCCGCAGGUCACCAAGAAGCUGGACCCCUCUCAGCUGAGGAAGAUACAGUCCAUGGACGGGGGGGUCGGGGUCCCCGUGGCCCGGGGGGGCGGGCCCACGCCCAAGCUGGCCAACGGCAUGCCCUCGGGGCACGGCCCCUCCAAGCCUCCGGGCCCCACCCUGAUCGAGGAGCCCUUCAAGAAGCUGAAGAAGCCGUCGCUGCAGACCCAGGGCCGCAGCGCCACCCCCGCCCCCUCCAACGGCCUGGGCAGGGCGGACGGCGAGCGGCGGCCGGGGUCGGAGGUCAGGGGCCUGCCUGCAUCUACCUCAAUGAAGUCCCUCUCCGACUCGUCCUCCGCCGACACCUCCGAUUCCAAGGACUGCGGGGGGCCCCGGAGCGCCCCGGCCGGAGACCCGGCCCCCCAGAGGAACGGCGUGAACGGGACGGCCUCCCCCAGCCGCUCGGCCCCGGCUUCCAAGAGCGCGGAGCACCGGGCCGGAGAGGACCAGAAGACGGUGAAAUUAAAACCCCAGGCCCUCACCAACGUCGCCUCCGAGCCCGCCAGCACCAUGUCGCCCCCGCCCGCUAAGAAACUGGCCCUGUCCGCCAAGAAGGCCAGUCCCAGCAGGAGUCUGAACAGCAGUGAGGCUCCGCUCCCCCCAGCACGCCAUUCGUCCAGAGACCCCACGCAUCCCGCUCAACUCCACCCCCUCAUCUCCGCUCUUCCCGCGCGCGCACACAGGGCUGAGCCAUUCCAUUCGCCCAAACCCCAGACUCCACCCCUACCCCAGCCCAGCGCAGACCCCCGCCACACUCCCCCGUCCUCCGCUCUGCCCAGGCCACCGCCCACCUUCUCUGCUCAGACCAAUGGCUUUCUUCCCCGCCCUCUGAAGACCCCCAGUCCGGCCCGCCCCACCUCCGUCCCCCCGGGCUCCGCCCCCGAGCCCGUCGGUCCCGCCCCGCAGAGGAAGAAGAAGAGGCGCAAGCGCUGUCACUCGGAGAUGGAGGCGGAGCCGCUGCCCCCAGCGGGAAAGACGGAGGCCGUCCGCAAAAAGAAGAAGAAAAAGAAGCGGAAGAGAGAGGAGGAGGAGCGUCCCCAGAGCCACAGGGAGGCCCCCAGCCUGCCCCAGCCCCCUCAGGAGGAGGACUGGUGUCUGGGGGAGCCCUGGACCAUCUCCCCCUCACCUGCAGGGGCGCGGCCGGAGACCCCCCGCACGGAACGGCCGGCCGCAGACGCAGUCAGGAAGAAGAGGAGGAAACGAAAGGAGCGACGGGAAGAAGAGACCGCCUCUCGCCCUGUCCUUGAACGCUCGGCGAUGGAGGGAGGAGACACUGGGACAGAGCUUAAAAAGAAGAAGAAGAAGAGGAAGCUGAAGGAAGACGUGGAGAGAUGUGGAGAGAAGAGCCAGGGAGCGAGCGAUCAGGAGCACGCAGACGCAAGCUCAGUCCUCCCACCACAGAGCGGCGCCGUCGAGGCAGGGAAGGCCCCCGUCUCCAGCUCCGCCGCAGUGUUCGUGUGGGACCGCCAGGUGAGGGACGGGUACAAGCGUCCGCAGGAAGCCCCUGCCGCAGAGGAAGGGCCCGCUCCCAUGGCCUGGGACGGCAAACGCACCUGCAGCGUGGUGGAGGAGCUCCUCAGGAACUCUGCGGACAAAGCGUACGGAACGGCAGUUCUCGGCUGGGAUGGAGAGGCCUCUGCCAUCAGCAGGGAUGCGGUAGAGGAUACACGGCACACAAAAUUUGACACCGUGAUCGACGAAUGGGACGAGGACUUUGACAGUGGCAAGGUAAAGAAGGUGAAAAAGUACAAGAAGGAGAGGAGGAGGAGUUUUAACGUUUUCCAGAAGAUACAGGACCGGAAAAGCAUGUGGUCCGUCACACCAGGAGGGAAGAAGGGUUGCAUGGGAUACCGCUACUGACCAAGGGAACCAGUUGGAAUCUGGGAUGUUUUAAGAAGGGGGGCGGUCCUCCGUGGCUCCGGACCCGACGGGGGCGGGCUCUGCCGUCUGCUCCAAUCGGACCGGGACGUGGCCGGGGCGGCCCUGCGGUCUGGGCGACGGCCUGGUGGCAUCUCCGAGCGGCCCGACGGCCUCCUCCGGGAGGUUCUCUGCUGGGGGAAAUGGACCACAAUCUGACUGUCGCGUGACCAGUCCCGCAAAACCCACGGCUCAUCUCGGGGAAAGCGCUACCGCAGUACAUGAGCCGAGCUUCCCCUGCUGUGUGCCCCCCUCAUUAAUCUAACCUUUUAAAUGAGUGGGGGCACCAAGGGCGUCAAGCUGCGGUAGUCCUGUUGCCACGUCCCGCGUUCCUGUUUUUCGGAUUGGAAAUGUUCGUGGAACGGAAACUCCAUUCACCAAGAUUUCCGCUCUUUCGGAGAAAUACUCGCGCAACGUGAAAACGAAAUCUCGGCAUGCUAAUAUCCUUCCGUCAUUUCUGGCCAUUGUAACCGUUUUGAUUUUGUUAAGUCUUCAGCUGGGUCUAGUUGGUCGAGCUGUGUUUGACUGAAUGCACCCCGUGCUCCUCGUGAAAUCUUGGUGAAUGAGGGGGAAUGUGAACUUGGAUUUGAGAAUGACAUCAUGUGUUGCGGGCGCGUGCAAGAGGGGAAAUUCUGUACAACCAAGCGGCCAACAGCAACCAGGGGGCAGGCUGUAAUGAGUCUUUCAGGGCAGGAAUCCUGCUAGUUGUGGUGUUGCCUAUGGUGUGAUAAUGUUGUAUACACCUGCAUCAUCCUGCCAAGUGACCUCCUUUCCAAAGAAUGACUCCUAACAGUCAAGGGUGAAAGUAAAGCAGUCGGAAGGACCUGGAAAAGGCAACACUCUGUUACCUGUCCUUGACUUCAAGAGUGGGGUUAUGUUUUAACCACAUCCUUCUCCCACCCAUAGCCACCCCUACUGAAACUGCAGAGAGCACCGUUGCUAACUUUGACUUUGAGUUAACACACCGUUUUGAAUCCUCAGGCUUAUUAUGGGCACCGGUUACAGUUGAGGAACAUUUUGCUGGAAUGCCGAUGGCUACUGAAAGCCUUGCACCAGUAGACCGUUGGAUUUUUUUUGUUUAUUUGUUUGGCCGUUAGUUUCCAAGUGUAAUUUUGUUCCUUUGCCAAACAUGCUGUUAUUUUAAGGCACAUUUCUGUGGCCCACACAGUUGAGUUUCAUACACGUCAUGAAAAAGAGGGGUUUUGAACUUUUUUGUUGUUGUUGUUGCUGUUGAUGAAUUCCAUGCAUGUAAUGUUUUGUUGAAUUUGGUUUUAUUUUUUUAAUUUGAAUUUUACAUCCAAAUAAUCAUUAACUUGGAAGGUUUAUAUUGAACGGAUAGCGUUGACAUUGAGGAUAUAUUUGGAUUAAUGUAUUUGUUUGAUCGUUUACAAGCAAAUGGUGCAGAAAUAAAAACGAAACAUUGUAGGAUGUUUAAAAAAGGUAUACAGAGCAAAUCUCCGCGUGGCACCUUAACCACACCUUCAGUGUCAGACCUCACAAACAGGAAGCUCUCUGACUUUGCUCUCCAGCUAGGCUUUCACCUCAUGCUUUCAGUUUAUUUUAUUUUUAUUUUGUGUCAGGCAAGCAGAGUUGAGUUGAAGAAUCUUCUCUUCAUCUCCGUACAGCAGCUUUGUGAAAAUUUUAUAGGAUUUUAUCUCUCUCUUCCACCACUGAAGAAUGUAUUUAAAUUCAUUGUUUCAUUGUUUGAUAGACACAUUUACCAUUCUUAGCCAAAAAUCUAAAUGGUUGCAAAUAGGUUAAUUUGCAUUAUUAUAUUAUGUGGAGACAGUAUCAGUCUCAGUAUCAGGUUGGCUGUGUGCAUGUGCUUAAUGCUCGAGAUGCAAAAGGGCUCAGGUCUAUAUGAAUAUCUAUUUUAUGGAUUACGUAUCCAUUGUAUCAAACAUAUCUUCAGUAAUUCCAAUUCUGUAUAUGUGGG